CCCCCGUCUGCCGUCUGCACGCCGCAAAGCCACUGCCCGCACAGGCCGCCCGUCCCGCCACGCCCCCAACACCGAAGCAGCAGCACAUAGCCAUGCCCGUCUUCUCCGGCUCGCUCCUCAGCAAACGCAAACCCGAACUCGUGGAGAUCGGCGCAGCGCUCGGCCUGCCUACGGACGACAUCCGCGUCACCGACCUCGUCAAGAGCAUCCAAGCCCACCUCGACGCGAACGAGGCACAGCUCGCAUCCGACCCGACUUUUAAAGGUCUCUUCUACAAGAAGAGGUCUAGCCAUGGGAACGGCGGCGGAAACGGCUCCCAUACGCCUGAGAGGUCGUCCAGCCCGACGACUAGGGCGGAAAUCAAAAAGCUAGAGUCAGGCGCGAGCACCGCGCGCGCUCUAACAAACAAGGCCUCUGAUCGUUUACAAGAGGUCGCUGAUGCCGCCAAAGUUCCCCUUCCCGAAAGCCCAGUCGCAUUGUCCAGGGUGUCGGACGCUACCCAUGCCAUCAGCGAGUCUGUGCAAAACGCGCUGGUGCCUGCUUCCGUUCCAAGCGGCGAAAUCUCCUCCAAGCUGCAAGAUAUCGCUCAGCAACUCUUGCAAAUCCAGCACAGGGGACAAGAGCGCGUCAACAUUGGUAUCCGUCAUACUCGAGAUGUCAUCUCAACGCCACAAGCCCUCACUAUCACCGCGCUCAGCGCGGAAUUGCUCUUCUUGUUGGGCCAUGUCCUCCCAUUCUACAACUAUACGUAUUUCUUCCCGCCUAUCCCCGGUAAGAGCGGCACCCUCUCCAGCCUCGUGCACAGCUUGUUUUCCUGGUCUCCAACCUUUUCAUGGACUCUCAGGCUGCCAGAGGCCAGCGGUCUUGUGAGCAGUGAACUUUGGGGUGCCAUCGCGUGGUGGGUUUUCUCGACUGUUCUCCCUCCACUUGCUUUGUCCACCGUCGUGUCAUUCGUCCCACAAAAGGGAGUUCACAGGCACAAUACUCCUCGCACUCGUUACCAGGAGACCCAUCUCCCCCAGCCCACACCGGACCCCUUGGUCUUUGCCUUGUCCCGUCUCGCCAUUUUGGUCCUUCCCCUGACAUCUGCCGCCCCUACAUCCUUGGUAGACGCCCUUGAGAUGUCUGGCAACCUCCAAGGCAGGGCAUUGGGUGCCGCCCUCUUUGCCGGUCUUAUCUUGGCAGCAAAGCUCGCAUAGACGGCCCAAGUCAUUUUUUUUUUAUUCAAAUAUCCAAGCAGCCGGAUUUUCAUGUUCUUGUCAAGUUGACCAGUCUCCUACCUACUUGGCUUUUUUUUAUACUUUUUUUCCAAACCUGUUGUUCUGUCUUGUCUUGCGAUUGCUUCCCUUAUUUCGACCCAUGUCUUCAAUGUUAAUUCCUUUCAUCGACGGUGUCGGUGUCGAUGCGUGUGUGUGGGUGUGGCACGGCAAUUGGGGCUUUGAGGAUACUCGAGACAUGUAUAAUAUCGCGCUUCCUUUCGCU